AUGUCAUCUCAAGUGAGCGAAAAUCACCGAGAAAACGCAGAGGUAUUCACUGACCCGGCGAUCUGCAAGCAGAAAUCUCUCGAACUUCUCGAGCAAAUCAACAUGCCAAAAGGGCUACUUCCAUUAGACGAUCUAAUCGAGGUGGGCCGAAAUCAUCAAACCGGGUUCGUAUGGCUGAAACAGAAGAAGGCAAAAGAACACCGGUUUAAGAAAAUCGGGAAACUCGUGUGGUACGACACUGAAGUCACGGCGUUUAUCGAAGAUCGCCGGAUGAAGAAACUUACCGGGGUUAAAAGUAAGGAGAUUUUGAUUUGGGUUACUAUUUCUGAUAUUUCUAUUCAGGACCCGGAGUUUCAGAAAAUUACUUUUGCUACCCCUACUGGAAUUUCUAAGGCUUUCCCGGUUUCUGCGUUUGAGGAGUGA